AAUUUCCUCCAGGCUCAAGCCAGAAAUGAGCGCUACUGGAUUGGACUCAGUGAUCACAAUGAUGAAGGGCAAUGGAGAUGGGUUGAUGGCACAGACUACAGAACCAGCUUCAAGUAUUGGUCAGAAGGUGAACCCAAUGACCACAGCAAUAAUGAAGACUGUGCCGAAAUCUAUCAGGCUGGCAGAUGGAAUGAUGUAUCCUGUAAUAUAAAAAAAUUUUAUAUAUGCAAAAAAUCUUUACCUUCCUGAAAAAUCAUGGGCAGAAAAAAUUGAAGGAGAAGG